AUGAUCGCCCGCAGUAAACCGGACGACUCAGCCUUGCCUGUCCCAGCCCUCUCACCUCAAAUCCGCCAGGCCCUCGGCCAAGACCACUUCCAGGGGACGGCUUUUAAUCGGAUGGAGGUGGCGGCCACAGUCAUCUGUCCUUCACAGCAAGUGGGUCAGCGCUCGAACAAAGUGCCGCGGCAUCUUUCUUCUUUCGUCCGGGAUGAGACCGGAGCGUUCCUGCUCGACCGAGACCCGGCCUACUUCAGCACCAUCCUCAACUACCUGCGGCACGGGAAGCUCAUCCUCAACAAGCACCUCACGGAGGAGGGCGUUCUGGUGGAGGCGGAGUUCUACAACGUGGCGUCGCUAGUCUUGCUUGUGAAGGAGCAGAUACGGGAGAGGAACAAGUUGGCCCAGGGCUGCGUGAAGCACAUCUACCGCGUGCUGCAGUGCAAGGAGGAGGAGCUCACGCAGAUGGUCUCCACCAUGUCAGACGGCUGGAAGUUUGAGCAGCUCAUCAGCAUCGGGGCGCCGUAUGGCUACGGUAGCAGCCAGCAAGCCGAGUUCCUGCUCAUCGUGUCCCGCGAGGUCAAGUGGGAGGACAGUGGCCCCCAGUACAGCACACCGAGCAGCGAGAUGCUGCUGGAGCGCGGCUCGCGGAGGCUGUGAGUCCCGAGUCGCGCCACGCCCGCCGCUCCGUGGCGGAGCCGUCCCCGGGCACGUACAGCUCGUGGCCAGUUCUGCCUCCCGACCGCAAGGCACGCACCAGAGGGAGGCGCCCCCAUCGCUCACUUCCCCCCCUCUACCGCACAAGUCGUAUCUUCUAUCUGGGGUCUUGGUUUUUUUCACCACGCGCACGCACGCACACACGCGCGCACGCGCGAGUACAAUGUUUGUUUCCCGUCGUCGAAUUCCCGCGUCACGAAAUGCAUACGCCAGUAGCUUCUGCCCGGUGAUGCGCACGCGGCUCUCGGUAGCGCUUUUGGCGGCGGUGUGAUGCGAGCGCUGCAUGGGGGGGGGGGGUUUGCAUGACUGUGGAGCCGGCGGAUCUUCCCCCCUGUGAUCGUAAUUUUGCUCUUGCAGUAGAUUGAGAUGGUGAAGGACCUCGGCAACCUCCUCGCACGCCCGGCUAGAGGGAAGUUUAUUUUCUCCGUUAUUCUCCACCCGUUCACUGCCUUAGCAAAAAAAAAUAAUUUUUUACUGGGAGCCGAGUGUUUAAAUUGUUGAAGCGCGUUUAUAUUCGUUGAAAAGGCUUUUUUAUUUUUGUUGCAACUGUAAAGAAGCCUCCGUAUGAAACUUUUUGUAAUGCUCUGCUUCGGAAGCAAAAAUAUGCAAUGUGUACCAGGCGGCCCCCAAACGCUCUCACUCCGCGGCCGAUUUCCCUACGCUGGAAUCACGGUUGGUUCGCGAAUCUGCCCGCCCGCCGAACGUUGUUUCUGCAACGACGACGACAACAUCAAAAAGAACGGAAACAAAGGAAUCAAAACAACAAGCAGAAGACUGCAGAAGACUGUUAAUUUUUGGUGAGCAGCAGUGCCAUAUAUAUAUAUAUAUGCUCGCGAUUUUGUGGGCGCACCUUUUGAACUCUGGUGUUUGUGUAUUCAACUCGCAUGCACCGAUUCUGCUCGCUCCUAGGUGCUGCUGUGUGUCUGCACAAUGGUGUUUUGAAGUUAUCUCGGUCGGCAGAACACAAUACCACCACCCCCUUUCCUGUACAUAGAGGGACUUAUCGCGUCAUUUUCCCGGCACAUAUUCCCGUCGAGAUGGCGCGCAGGCUAAUUAAUUCUGAUCUGAGGGAAAACAAAGGGCUGAUGUCUGCAGCAGAAAGUAUGCAAAUGAGGUAAUGUACAGAGGCGCUUUUAGGAAAUUUAAAAAGCAGUGUGGGAAAAAUUGCUGCUUGUUCAUCAUCGUCAUCGUUAAGCACUUACCACGAAAACGUGUAAACUACUCUCGUGUCAUCUUUUUUCUCGGGAUCGCGUCUCGCGAAGUUGCCCGUUCCUCGUGCGUCCGUUGCACCGGUGUGACAUUUGUGGAGUAAAAACUUCUUCAUCAUCUGUCUGGCUUCGCUGCUGCCGUUGUAGAUCAAUCGCCACCCCCGUCCUGUGCGCGCGAGCUGGUUGUGUUCUAGACCGCCAGGGGCAUCUGGCAACCGGGGUGACAACGUCCGGGCUGGGCUGGGCCCUCAACGUCUUUGAGUUUGCGGCCUCCCGUUGGGAUUCUGUUCACUCGGCCACACCGAGGUAUCGAGCCACGGAGCUGUUGUGCGCCCGGCACCUCUAUGCAGAGCGCUCGUUGCUCAGAGCAGCUCUCGCUCUCUGCUCUCACUCGCCACGGCAGCGUGGGGUUGAGUGGGGGCGGCUGUGGAUGCCGUGCCUUCCCUUGUGAGCCCACGCCACACAGCCACACAACAAAGUCCCGACAGCCCGUUUGUAUCCGACUCAAAAAGUGCUCAGGAACCGAUUUUUUUUUUACGUUUUGACGCAAGGCUUUGAGGAGUUUGAAACGGCUUAACCGGGUAGACUCCAUCUGCCGCCAUCUGAAAUUGUUUUGAGGGCUACGAAAGCGAUGGGUUGUGAGUGA